AUGUCUUUUUCCUUUUCCUUUUCAGGCGACGACAUCGAGGAUGCCGAUCAAAAUGGAUCGGCCCCAGUCUCGGCAGCAGCAGCAUCGGCAGCAGCGACUACUGCUGUCUCACUAGGAGCAACAACAUCACCCUCCGCUGCUGCCAGUGCUUUCCCCGUGCAGGGUAAGCCCCAGCUUCCACCGCUUCGGCACUACAUGAUGCACAUGUUGAGGGACCUGCCUUCCAAGAUUGCAUACGGCCUCAUCACCGUAAAGCUCGAGGCAGAUUUUGGUGGCCCCGAUGGCGGCAACACCGGCGGUAGCCAAUCCACACUGAUCCAACUGCCGCGGCGUGAGCUGUGGGACGUCCGCAUGCAGGUGAUGGCCGAGGAAGACGAGAGCACGACCCAGGGGGCCGAUGACAAUGGCGAGAUCGCUCCCGGACUCGGCAGCCAUGACGUCAAAACGGGCAUCUACGAGGGCGGCUUCAAGAGCUGGGAGAGCAGCGUCGAUUUGGUCAAAACCCUGCUCAAUCCCGAUCGAGAAUCACCCUCGUUCUCACGCCCUUCCACAGUGGCGGCCAGCAUGCUCUGCCGACCAGGACACUCUCGUGUGAUCGAGUGGGCCUGCGCCACUCGGGCAGGUCGUACCGUUGAGCGUCACAGCCUCUACCCGCUCACCUUCACCGUGGCCGAUUACAACCCCAGCGUGCUCAACCUCGUCACGCUGCCCAAUCUUAUUCUUGUCUGGGCCCUGCAGCAACGGCGCGAGGACCCAGCCCUUAAAGAGGCUUUCGACUUCGAGCAGGAAGAGCUCCACCUUACCACCGAUGUCAAGACCGCCUUUUGCGUGUUUCUCCAAAAGACGAGAAUCGGGUUUACGUUCAUGUCUGGUGGCUGGUCGUCCGAGUUUGUCCGCUUGUUGUACACGAACGAGGAGGUAUUUGGCUCUGACGGCACGAACACUUUGAUGCUUGGUGCCGAGACCAUUUACUCGCCGUUUGCUCUCGCGUCCUUCAGCGAUACCUUGCUGGCGUUUUUGCGUCGUGAGCGCGGCACCACCGCCAAUGCAGCCGCGGUCGUCGCAGCUAAGAAACUGUAUUUCGGCGUUGGCGGCUCGCUGGACGACUUUGUUCGCCGGAUGCGUGACGCAGGAGCGCUGGUGACCGAGCUGCGUGAGGAGACAGAAGGUGUGCGCCGCGGUGUUGUCCGGUGCGUGCUGGAAUAG